AUGGCAGAAAAUAAGGUUGUUGUCGCCUUCGAUCUGUAUGGAACACUCUUAUCCACAGAUUCUAUUGUGAAACAGCUUGGGCAACACUUCUCCAAUGCCAAAGCACAAUCCAUCUCCACAUCAUGGAGACGAUAUCAGUUGGAAUACGCCUGGAGUCUCAAUAUCAUGGGACAAUACAACUCGUUCUCAAAUAUCACUCAAAACUCCCUGCGUCAUGCCGUAGCAGAGCAUGAUGAAAAGCUAGACGAAGACGCGAUUGACGAGCUUCUAAGAGCUUAUCACAGCCUGGUGACUUUUCCCGACGUUCAGGCUACUCUGGGCCAGCUGGCCAAUCGUCCCGAUAUCACUGCGGUAGUCUUUUCGAAUGGGACACAGGCCAUGGUCACCAACUCCGUACGCGACUCCACGGAUCUAUCGCCUCACAGUGCCGUAUUCAAACAGAUCAUCACGGUUGAUGAGGUGAGGCAGUUCAAGCCUGCUCCAGCAGUGUACGCCCAUCUCGCCCGGAAGAUGGGAAAUUCGCCGUCCUCACAGAUGGCGGACUUAUGGCUGGUCAGUGGAAACCCCUUCGAUGUGAUCGGUGCUAGAAGCUGUGGUAUGCACGCCAUCUGGGUGGAUCGAGCUCGCCGCGGCUGGAUGGAUGCUGCUGUGCCCGAUCUACAGCCAACUGCCGUGGUUCAUGAUUUGAGUGACAUUCUCACUGUCAUUCAGUGA